AUGGAAAUUAAAUUUGAAGAUCUUCCAGAGGACAUACAAUGCACAAUUUUAUCAAAAUUGCCUCUAAAAGAGCUUGUUAGAACCAGCAUCUUAUCAAGUGAAUGGAGAUAUUUGUGGGUGUCACGCAUCUCCUGUCUACAAAGCAUUCAGCUUAGCUUUGUAUCCUUGAAGCCACCUUUCCAGUUCGGUGGUUUCCCAAACCUGAGAAAGCUUGAUCUGAGUAUGGUGCAUGUCACUGGAAAGGAUCUCGAAGAUACCCUGUCCAGUUGCUGUAAUAUUGAGUGUCUAAGCCUGGACAGAAGCCAUCUUGGUGUUGAAUUAAAGAUGGAUACCCCUGUUCCAUCUGCUACAUCUACAUAUUCAUGUGAAAGCGAUCGGGUGCUCUAG